AAUACGCAUUUACUUCCUUACCAACAUGGGCCAACUCUGCGAAGCAUGAAUGCCCAAUUCCUGCAGAGGCCAUAUUACGGUAAAUGCUGCACGGCCAAUCCAAACAGCAGAUUUACCUCGCAUAUGGCCUUUAAGGCUGAGCAACGAAUAAAUGCAUCUCAGGAAAAACUACAAAUCCCACUCUGCAACCUGGUUUGCGUAUGACGCCAUGAUCUUUGCAGCUCGUUUCUGUUGGCUUUGUGCGAAGCGAGAAACGACGCGGAGAUGUUUGGGCUAAAGAAACCAGCAUAGGGAAUUCAUUUUACAGACAUGGAGGAACCUCCAGUAGUGGAGGCAGGAACCAAGUCGGUCAUGGAGCGCUUGACACAGCCAGUGGAGACAGUUGAACAAGCAGUAGAAAUCGAGGAACAACCAAUCGUUACAGGUGAACAAUGCAUGGAAACUGAAGAACAACCAAUGAGUGAACUGCUACCUGCCACAGUAGAAGAGGCUUUGGAGUGUGUCUCAGACCCCACUGCUUCUACAGAGAUAAUACUUGAACUAUCCGCUGUUCCUCUAGAGUCUGCUGCUCCUGAAGAGUGGGAACUGGGUCAACCUGAGGAUGCACAGAAGGCGACCCAUGUGGAUGACGUGGCCGCUAGUGACAGAAAAAAUAUUCCCCCCAAGAAGAACCGAAUGGAGCCACUUAAGAUGGACAUGUCCAGGCUGCCAAAAAUGGUGACUCCGCUCACAUCUUCCCAGAUCUCUCUGCAGUGCCUGGAGUGUCACAUCAUCUUCAGCGACCACAAGAGCAAAGAGCGCCACCUCAAGCAGAGUCACCCGGCAGAGUAUGAGCAGUGCAUGCUGGGGGAUGCCCUGUUUGCCUGCUACGUCUGCGACCGCCACUUCACCAACUCCAGUGACCUCAUGCUUCAUCAGCGUGCACACACGGAAAAGACGCCCUUCAAGUGCCCCAUCUGUGGUGAGGCCUUCAGCCGUUCCUCUGAGCUCACCCUCCAUAAGAAGCUUCACUUCGGCCUGUACGGAUACACCUGCGCAGACUGUGGAAAACCCUGCAAGACACUCACCUUACUGAAGUAUCACCGCCGCACGCACACAGGGGAGAGGCCCUAUGCGUGUAAGGAGUGUGGCAAGAGGUUUAGCAUGUCCAAGGCCCUCCAGAAACACGCACUAGCGCAUUUGCCGGAAGGAAUGAAAGGAGACGUUGGAGGGAUCACACCACCGAUGAAGGCACAGCUAAAGAAGAAUAGUGGUGAGUGCUGAAAAACAUGUUUGUUUUCAUGUCAUACAACUUCCCAUACUGGGAU